AUGGCUAAUCCUAUUGUAACUGCUAUUACUGGUUAUGUUGAUGAAACCAGAGAGCAACUUAUUGCAAAAACUGUACUUGGUGCUAAAACUGCAUCUAUGUUGACUCUUCAGAGUGGUGUAAAGGGUCCAGUUGAUUUACAUAUCUUAAACACUGAUGUUGUAUUUGGUGAUGGCUCAACUUGCUCAUUUGACCCAGAGGGAAGUAAUGAGAUUUCAAAGAGAACCCUUACUCCUAAAUAUUUGAAAGUAAAUAUGGAGUUCUGUGAUAAGAAUUUCUUAGAUACUUAUGCUAAUCAUAUGGUUAAGAUUGCUGCUGGUCAGAAAACCCUUCCAUAUGAGCAAGAGUUUACUUCAGAGAUUGUAAAGAAUGUAAACUACAAAUUAGAGAAAAUGAUUUGGCAAGGUGAUUCUACUAAUGGCAAUGAAUUUGAUGGUUUAAUCAAGAUUCUUGGUGCAGAUGGUGCUAUUGCUGUAAACAAGGCUGCUGGUACUUCAGCAUAUGAAGCAAUCAAAGAAGUAUAUGCUAAUGUUCCAGAGAGUGAAAUGAAAGAAGACUUAGUAAUCUUUGUUGGUGCUGGUCUCUUCAGAGCAUAUGUACAAGAGAUUGUUGCUCUUAACCUUUAUCACUAUGAUGCAAAUGACAAACCAUUAGAGGCUGUUCUCCCUGGGACCAAUGUUAAGAUUGUUGCUGUAAAUGGUCUUAAUGAUACUGUUGGUGCUGACUACAUUGUAGCAGGUUCACUUAGCAAUAUGUUCUAUGGUUGUGACUUAAGUGAUGAUCAAGAGAAAUGGGAUAUGUGGUAUUCACAAGACAACAGAACCUUCAGACUUGCAAUUGAGUUUAUGGCUGGUGUUCAAGUUGCAUUCCCAGAUAUGAUUGUUCUUGACUGUCUUCCAUCAAUUGGUGGUAUUAAGAAAUUAUACAUUGCUAACUUUGUGGAUAAUGCUUACACUGUUUCAAAUGGUGAGGUAACUGCAAUUAGUGAAAGUGUUGAAUGGUAUGAGUAUUUCAUCAGAAAGAACACUGGUUCUUUCACUUCAACAUUAAAUGUUGAUGCUGCAAAUGGCACAAACUAUGUUUCAACUGAGAUUUCAGUUGUAUUCAACAAAAUGGAAACUGUUAAGAGAAUUGAAAUGGCUGCUUUUGCACUUGCAGAUAUGCUUGUAGUUGUAGAAGAUGAGAAUGGUAUAAAAUGGGCAUUUGGUGCUGACAGACCAGUAACCACAACUGCUGGUGGUGGUGAAACUGGUACUGCAAAAUCUGAUGCUAACCACUAUACUCUUACUUUAACUGAUGAAUCAAAUACAUAUCCAUAUGCUAUUGCAGAUUCAGUUGUUAUUACUCCAAAGAAUGAAUGUGCAUAA